CCAGUGGGCCAGCCAUGUUUCGCAUAUAGCAGGAGAAAAAGAACUCGUUUGUUUGGGUACAGGAGAUUGAUGAGUUGAGUAAUCAGCUAGGAAAAAGAAUGAGAAUAAGUAAGGAAAAAGAAGAUGUCCCGAUGAUUGAGAUUGAGCCAGAAGAAGACAACGAGGUAAAGGAGUCAUCAAAGGAAGUUAUGGGAAGGAUGGAAGACCUGAUGGAUAAGAUAAGAAGGUUAAACACAAGAAUGACAGACAUCUGUAGAGAAGUUAAAGACUUGGAAAUGAGCAUUCCGCAUGUAUUCACCAUGGGACAGGAAAAAGAAGCUUCCGAGCCAAGAGCACACAAUGUCAGAGCCGUGAGGGCGACUCAGACCCAACAGGCUUUCGCCAUGAGUCAAGGAAGAGAAGGUUCCGAGUCAAGGGCAUCCAACGCCAGAGCAGUGCGAGCAACUCUGACCGCUGGAUCAGACGCAGCUUACCGAGCACUAAGGAAUUAUACUCCCCAUACCGCGCGAAAACCAAAGGGGGGUAAUACGUCCAAGGAACCGGCUCAGGAUCUUUUGCCACCUCAGGCAAAAGCCUCAAUCGAUAUAGGAGAAGAUAAGGAGGACCAGGAUGAGGUGCUUAGAGGAGAAGAGAACCAACGCACAGAGCAGAGGGCCAAAAAGCGUAAGACUAAUGAUGGAAAGGAGAAGGUUGGGGAGAAAUCGAAGAAGAAGUGGAGGUACCAAACCUCAAUUGAAGAAGGCAUGGACCUCGAGAAUUUAGUAAACAAACUUCUCGAGGGACACAAUGAGUUGCUAAACCUGAAAGAGAUUUUGGCAACAGCGCCAAAACUCAGAGAGUUGGUCAAGGCUAAGCUGGCAAGGAAAAGAGUGGCAACAGUUAGGCUCGGAGACUUGAUCCCCAGAGAAGCCAACUCGACGAUUGCUGGCAGCAAAAUGGACUGGAAGUCAGUAGGAGCAGGGUCCAUUGAUGUUAACAUCAGGGGAAAAGAUUGUCUGGGAAUGGUAAAUACAGGAGCAGAGAUGAACAUCAUGAACUCGGAAACAGCUGAAAAGUUGGGACUGGAGAUUGACAAGAGAGACUGUGGAUACUUUAAUGGGGAAAGUGGAAAGUCAGGAUAUACUGGCAGAGCAUCAAAUGUGAUGGUGGAAGUUGGGCGAGUAAAGGUCCAGGCAGAGGAUGGCGAGGAAGUGGUAAAGCUAGAUGAGAUAGUAUUGGGAGAUGACUACGAGUACAGUGAGGAAUUGGAGGGAGAAGAGUUUGAGCAAGGUGAAAUCCCGGAAGAUUUUCGUGAAGUGGAGUAUGACGGGUUCCACUUGGAGAUGGGACUUCUUCUCUCAGGGGACAAGCGAGAAAGAGAGAAGGGAGGGAUGGUGGGUCAUACCAGGUCUAUUCCUGGAGAGGAAGAACGAUUGAGGCAUCCAAUGGUAACAAGAGACUCUGCGGGAAUGCCGGUUUACAAGAAAGGGGAUAGCCUGAGGCAGUUUUUGAGGGAAUAUGAAAAUCACGUUUUCAUCAGAGAAUGGGAUGUGCCCACCAUGAUGAAAAAUGUGGUUGGAGUGGGAGAAUGCAGGAAGGCGAUGAAGGAAAUGGCCAUGAGAGUUUUUGGAUGGCCGAGCUUCAAAGUAGCUAUGUGGGCCAAGUAUGCAGAUUUGAGAAGAGAUGAAAUAGAAGAUAACAUCACUUUCGACGAAAUAAAUUUGGAGGAUUUCGAGGAUAGCAUCGGUCUCUGUGCAGAAAAAAACAGAUGGGAUGAUGAGGAAAAAAUGGAGCAGGCCGCGAUCAGGGUAAUACCCAGGGAAUGCGAGACUGUCAGAAAGAUCAGAGAAGGGUCAGAUACCUGGGGGGACUUUCUUGUUGAGAUGAGAAAGACCUAUCAUCUGAGCAUACAGAGGCAGAAGAAGAGGCAGUUGUUCCAGGAGCAAGGGGUGAGAAUUGGAAGAAGGAAAGAAGAAUUGGAAAGGACUCAACGGAAAAAUGGGAAUGAGACACCCCCUCGACAGGGAGAAGGAAAAAUUAUCCGUAACAUGGAGAUGCCUGAGGUGCAGGGGAAGGAAAGACGUAUAGCCAGGAAGGAAGAAGGACGGGACAAAUCUCCCGAAGAAAAAGAAGAGGAAAGAGAAGAAAAGAGAAAGGAGAAGAAAGAGCGAAAGAUGGAGGAGGCAGGACCAUUAGUGAGAGCAGAAGCAACAUCCUCCAUGGAGCCUCUCAAAGACCAUGGGACGAGGAGGUUAACUGAGGAAGAAAGGUAGAGAAAGGAGGACGAGAACAGGAAGUGGAGGAACCACGUCGUGAUUCACUUAAGGGAAAAUUAGCCGUCCAUGAACGC